AUGCCGCAGACACAUCCGAAGAUACGUCCGCAGAUCGCCGGUGUAGCACAUUGCAAGACUUCACAAUUGCUAAACCAGUUCCAACCAACCGUUAUUAGAAUGACGAAUUUACAAAUGACGAAUGUACUACUACAAAUUCAAUGCUACGCUAUCAAUAAUAAGAAUACAGCGAUAAAUUUGAAGAUCAGGCCUUUCCAACCGACCUCUGGACGUCCAAAGUCGGUUGUCCAGAAAAUACCUCGCAAAAUUCACCGAAGCACGGAGGUAACGCAAGAGUGA